AGGUCUCUUAUUUUGAAAUAACAUCUCAUAUAUGAUGGAUUUCAAAGGUCUUUUAUUUUGAAACUGUACAUCAGAAUGUCCUGAUGUUCUCUGAGUGACUUCCUGUGAUGGCCUUUUAUCAACACCAAUUUAAAUGAGUCACCCAGUGGAAAUGGAAAGUUCAAUUUUAUGAUCAGAUAUGUCUUCAUAUAUGUCUCGUUACGUUGAAUAGUAACAGUGACAACAGUCUGUAAUUGCAUUAAACACCCAAAUGUACGACACACGAGCAGGUGCGUGAACGCAGCGCACACCUGUCACUUAUUAGGAGUCCAGCCGGGACCCAGGUCUGAUAAACACAACAUGCUCUCCUUUGCUGGAAUAACACAGAAAAAGAACUCUUUAGAGUUUUCCUUCAUCUUUUUCAUUCUGGUGCCUCACACCAUUUCGCUCGGACGAUGCGAUGAUAUUUCCUUCUCCAUCUGCUGGAUGAACAACAACCAUGUCCUGGAAAGGCAGGAAGUGAGCAUAUGGCUGAACGACACCGCACUGGGAAACCUCAGGAAGGGGGGGAAAGUCACCUCCCUGACGGUGUCCCCAGGUGUUGAAAACAAGCUCACCCUUCAGUAUGGACUCGAUGUUGAGGCGUGGACUUUUAGAAUCAACCCUCGGACAAAGUUCAUGAAGAUCAGAGGCCGGCAGAAACCCCAAGAGCGACCGACAAGUGGCACCAAGGGGGUCUUGGAGUUGCUGGGCACCACUGAGGUGUUUGCCUGUGAGAACGGCACGUUGUUCUUACACCAGGACGACAACUUCUUCAUUGCAAUUGGCCACACAAUGCGUCUCCCCGUCAAGCUGGAGUCCAGGAGUCCCUCCAUGUUGCUGGUCUCCUGGGUGGAGAACCGUCCAUCAUCAACCAGCAGCACCAGUCACACUGUGAACCUGUUCCACAGUGAGCUGGGCUCCUACAGCACUCUGAGCAUGGACACCACCUCCGACUACCACUACCGCUUCACAGCUCUGGAGUCCUGCACCAGCUACGUGGCCUGUGUGGAGACUGCAGGCGCUCACACCCUCACCUGCCUGUCUACUCUUACUGACCCAGGCACGCCCAAAGACUUUGAGGUGACGUCGUUCAACAGCAGCAGCAUGUCGUUGGCCUGGGACUGCCCGGAAAACAACAAGUACUCCUUCUACCUCCUCACCACCUUCCACCUGGACGGUAGGAACCACGUCACGGAGGAGGUGCUAUCGCUGCACAAUGGGAACGACUUUGUGUUCGCGUUGUCCGACCUGGAGCCGUGCGGGAGGGUCCGGUUCGGCCUGCAGACUGUUUGCCAGGCGGGGAUCGAGUCGCGCUACAGCAAGAUGGUCCUGAACGAGGGGAACUCUGCUCACUCCAGCAUCGUGGCGCUCCGUCAGACGGCGUUCGGCCCCGACAACUACACCCUGAGGUGGGAGGUGAGGAACAUGUCGUCCGUCGCCUCCUUCAGAGUGUACCACCAGGGGGCGCUGCAGGGCACCACGCUGCUCACCAGCCACACGGUGGGGGGGCUCCUGCCGUGCCAGCUGUAUGAAGCCAGCGUUGAGGCGCUGUGUGGGGACGGGGUUCUCCUGAGCACCAAGACCAUCACAGCACACACAGGACCUCACGGCGUUACCGAGCUCACGUAUCGCUCCAACGACUCCACGGCCCAAUGGACCCCGAGCGGCGGCCACCGUCCAGCCGUGGCCUUCUUGUACGAGCUGUCUCUGGAGAACGGUACCGCCAUCCAGAGCAGCAGCGUUGCCGACCCUGAGCUGAGCCUCCUUGGGCUGGAGGAGGGGAAGACCUACUUGCUGGACGUGUGGGAGGAGUGUGGCCUUCAGUGGCAGUCGGAGCGUUCCCGUUUGUUUUUUGAGGGAAGCAAUGCGUCCUUCGAGAUCCUCGGGAGGGCGGCUGCUCCGUCGUCUCUGGACCACGAGCUGAUGUUGGAUUUCUCCAUCACGGUGCUCAAAUUGGUCUUACCCUGGUCGCUGCCUGAGGAUCUCCAGGAUUACGAAUCAGAGCCGAGGGCGAAAAUGGGAAACAUCUUGAAAGAUAAGCUGGAGGAGCUGUUGAGCGGCUUGGAUCCGCCGGCCCGUGUCGAGGUGGCCACCUUUGACCCUGCGGACGACCCGGACAAAACAGAGGUUCUCUUCAUGUCUUUUGAUGCAUCCACAACUGACAAAGACAUCCCCCUGCCUGUGGAGGAUCAGCUGGACUACAUCCGCUCUCUGAACAGAAGUGACUGGACGGUUACAGACGGCGUCCUCCACUGGGACGGUCCGGAUCUGUGUGCUUCCUUCCAGGGAUACGUGUGUCCUUCUGGUUCGCUGUGCAUCAACACGUUCGGCUCGUACACCUGUGUGUGCAAACAUGGCCACUACGACGUGAGCUCCGUGUCCGAGCCACUCGCCGCUUCACAUCCAGUCUGCACGGAGAAGGGCCUUUUCAGCCAGUGUCUGGAUAGAUUGGUGAUUGGCGCGAUAGCAAAACCCUACCUGAGGUCCUCCAUCGGGGGGAAGGUAGACGUGAGGCUGAACGACGGCCGCUGCGACGUGAAAGAGAAUGAAAUGUUCUACUACUUCCGCUUCUCACGCAGCGCCUGUGGAACCGAGAGGAGGGUGAACAAAUCCCACAUCGAAAUAAAAAACACUCUGUAUGUGACUUUGACCAAAGAGGAGACCAUCAGCAGGCGAGAUCUGAGGGUCGUGUGGACGUGCCUCUACCCCCGACACUAUGUUCGCAACGCUCAAGUCAGGGUGGACAAGGAGUGGGUCUCCUCUGUCUCCCUGGUGGAGUUCAACUCCUCCCUGCAGCUGGGUCUGACCAUGACCCUGUUCACCGACGAGUCCUACACCUCCAGACACAGCGACGCAGUCACCAUUGGUCCGGAAGAGAGCCUGUUCCUCCAGGUGGCGCUGCAGACCAACAACUCCUUUGCUGCAGACGUGCUCCUGCAGGUGGAGUCGUGCUGGGCCACCGAGAGCACCGACCCUCAGGAAAUUGUGCAGGGGGUUCUCCUGCAGGACGGCUGUGCUGUAGACGACACGUUCCACUGGCUGUCUGUCAACGGCCUGGCACAGAGAAGCAGAUUCUCCAUCCAGAUGUUCACCAUGCCUAGAGGACUGCCGCUCUACAUCCACUGCCUGGCCAACAUAUGUGGACACCAUGAAGAGUGUGCGAAGCUGAGCCAGAGGUGCAGCGGCCAGCAGCGGCCCAAGAGGUCAGCGAGUCAGGUGGGCAGAGCCAAGAAUCGAGCCGCCGUCGUGUCUGCCGGUCCUCUGAUGGUCAACCAGAAGGGGACGUCAGGAGUCCCGCCGUCCUACUGGGCCGACCACAUGACGAUGAUCACCAUCGUUGCCGGAUCAAUCGGCUUUUUGGGAGUUACUGUCCUCACAGUGAGCGCAAGCAAAGCAGUCAUGAGCUACUUUGAGCGACUACGGAGGCAAUAAAGUGUUUGUAAAAGCG